ACUUUUUCCUGUUUACAAAAAACAAAAAGAAACUGCUCACUGCGAGCUUCACAUUCCUGUAAGUCUCACAUGAAGGUGCGGGUUUUGGCUUUGGCUGAAACGAAACUGAAAGCGUUCAGGACGGGAGCUUUAAAAAGGUGAGACGGAAGAUGAGCGUCAGAUCGGACGGAGGAGCAUCGACGUUGAAGAGCACCUGGAAGGUUUGCUCCAGCACCUUGAAUCCACCGCCUUUAUCUGCUGAUAAUGACCACACCAGACAUGAGCCUUCAGGUUUGCGACUUCUGCGACUGGUCCAAAGUCACGACCUACCGGGGCUUGAGGAUUCACCAGGGGAAGAAGGGAUGCACAAAGAAGGGGGUGAGGAUCCCUGAGAGCGAGGAACCUCCCAUCGAAGUGGAAGAUCCUCAGCCUUCUAUCAAUCCUGGGUUCGAAACGCCGCAGGGCUCUCAGCAAACCAACGAACAACAACAACAACAACAAGCCAGCAGAGUUUGCAGACAGCUUGAUUUCCUCAGCGGUGCAGAGCAGGUGGAGCAGCUGCAGUGGGAGGUUCCAACGACCACAGCUCAGGAAAUAGCAGCCCGACCAAAGGAAGAAGACAGGGAGAAAGACAGAGAGGCUGAACAACUACGAAAGGCAAAGCAAGACAGAAUAAGGGCUGAAUUACAGCAGAAAAUUCAGAUGAGACAACAAAAGAUGGUUCAGAUCAGAUCAUCUGUAGAAGUCUGCAAGGGCAGCUUGGAUGCUGAAUGCCUGGAGAUCAACAAUGUGUUCUCAGAGGUGAUGAAAGUCGUGGAGGACGCUCGACAGGAAGCCCUCCAACCUGUGGAGGAGAGGAGGAACAGACUGAAGAAAGAAUCCAGAGUUCUAGUGCAGAAAUUACAAAAGGAAAUCGACAACCUCAAAGAGACCAUCAGCGAUUUGGACAGAAAUCCAGACCUGCAGGUUUGCCCUCCGGAUGAAUAUCGAGACUGGACGGAUGCAAGGGUUGACACCUCGUUCUCCUUUGGUACGCUAAGAAGUGAAACAUCGUACAUGAUGGAAGAAAUUCACCAAAAACUGGAAAAACUCUCCUCUGUUGAACUCCAGAGGAUUUCCUCUUUUGCAGUGGAUGUAAAGCUGGACCCAACCUCUGCACAUCAGUGCCUUGUUCUGUCUCCUGAUGGGAAGGAAGUGAAGGAUGGAGGACAGAGCCAGGAAGUCCCUGAUUUGCCGGGGAGGUUUGACAUGUUCGGCAGCGUCCUGGGGCUCAACAGUUUGACCUCUGGGAAGUUUUACUGGGAGGUGGAGGUCGGCAACAAGACCGGGUGGGAUCUGGGCGUGGCGAGGCGCGGCGCAAACCGCAAGGGUAAACUCAAGUUGAGCCCAGACAAUGGCUACUGGGUUGCUGUACAUUAUGAGGAGGAGAAGUAUGCAGCCAUGACAGCUCCACCCGCCAGCCUCUCCCUCCCGGGGAAGCCUCAGAAGGUGGGGGUGUUCGUGGAUUACGAGGAAGGUCUUGUGUCCUUCUACGAUGUGACGGCUCAGUCUCACAUCUACUCGUUUACAGGGUGUUCGUUCAGUGAUGAUAUUUUCCCGUAUUUCAGUCCACAUCUUACACGAAACGGGAAAAACUCAGAUCCCCUGAUUAUCUCUGCUGUGCAAAGGCAGAAGUAGUAAAGCGAAGUGCAUGGUGUUGUUGGUGCUCUGAAAGUUGCACCACUCGAUGUGAAAUCUAUGUGGGUUAUUGCGGCGUGAUGUGUCAUGAUUGUGAAGUUUUUCAAACAGGAUAUUAUUAUUAUUCUUAUUAUUAUUAUUAUAGCUCUCAUUUAAACACUGAUUUUGACAGUAUCUGUUUUUAUUAGUUUAGUUUAGUUUUAUGUGUUGUGCUUUCAUUUGGGAAAUUCAUCUGGAAAAAAAUGUAAAAGAAAUGUGUGUGUGUGUGUGUGUGUGUGUGUGUGUGUGUGUGUGCAUAUGCGCGUAUAACUGUUCAUUCAAACAUUUCAACACGCUUUUUGAACAGUAAUAACAUAUUUUGCUCUUGCAAUGUAAUUCCAUAUAUUCAAACUAUAAUUCAUAUAAUAUAAUAUCAUAUCCAUAUUUAUAUCCACUUCCCUUUCUAAUUCAGUUUUACUUUUGUAUCUCCAUGUUAAUCUACUCAAUCGUUUGUUUCUGACAUGUGCUUCGUGUGUCCUGUUGUCACAAGUACAAUAAUUCACUGCUAUUCCAAAUUUUUGUAUGGUAUAAAGGGGAGAAUAUUAGAAUAAACCUGCAAUUUUGUAAUAAUUCAUAUAUUUUUUCAAGUGGUUUUGCUGAAAAUAAAUGAAUAAAUGGUGUCUGACGUUGCCA